AUGUGCUCUCCACGUCAGCCUACGUCUCCAAAAUUUCUGCUUAGCGAACCUGCUUCAAAGAAGAAGCAAGAAGGCGCGUCGCUUCAGAGAGAGCCAUGUUCAGGAGGGCGGCUAUAGAGGAAUAUCAAACCUCCAACAUAGAGUUAUUAUUAUAGCAGCAAGAGGGUGAACUAUAUACGAGAUGAUGGAUUUUGACGAAAGGGUCCCAGUCGGAUCGAACAUGUAUUUGCCCAGCUGCACUUAUUACGUGUCUGCUGGUGCAGAUUUCUCCGGUCUUCCCUCAUUUUUGUCCCAGACCCCUUCCACUCGCCCCAUGACAUACUCCUACUCCUCCAACCUGCCGCAGGUCCAGCCCGUCAGAGAGGUGACGUUCAGGGACUACGCAGCCAUUGAAGCGUCCGGUAAAUGGCCGCACCGGAGCAACUUGCCACACGGCUACCACAACCACAGCGCGGAGGACAUGGUGCACCGGGACUGUCUUUCGGCUGCUCAAGGAGACAUGUUCGGUAAAAACAGUCCCUACCACCACCACCACCACCACCACCACACAGGCUCCUCUGCAGCUGCUGCUGCUGCUGCCACCAAUUUCUACGGGAACGUGGGCAGAAAUGGCGUUCUGCCACAAGUCUUCGACCAGUUCUACGAAACUGCGUAUGGAAACGCGUCGGAGAGCUCCUCCACAAAUGACUACAAAACGGCGACCAAGCAGCAGCAGCAGCCUGGCUCUGGACAGGAGGACGCACAGGAGGACACCGAGGAGAAGGAGUCCCGGGAUGAGGAGGCGAGCAGUCCGCACUUAUCUUCCGGCAACAAUGAGGAGAAAUCCAGCAGCAGCAGCAAUGGACAGAGGACCCGCAAGAAAAGGUGCCCUUAUUCCAAAUAUCAGAUCAGAGAACUUGAGAGAGAAUUCUUUUUCAGUGUGUACAUUAACAAGGAGAAACGUCUGCAACUGUCUCGGAUGCUCAACCUCACCGACCGACAAGUGAAGAUUUGGUUUCAGAACCGUCGCAUGAAGGAGAAGAAACUGAACAGAGAUAGAUUACAAUAUUACACGUCCAACCCUCUGCUUUAGGGGUCAACACGACCUCUGUCACAGCUUCCGUAUAGUCCUCUGCUGUGGGACUGACUGCGUUUACAGGCAGACUGACUCUCCUCAGUGUACAUUGUGUACAUUGUGUACCACAAUGGCCGACAACAACAACACUGCUCGAUGGUUAAUUUCAAGUUCGAGGACAACAGUAUCCUGCGAUCUGAAUUAAACCCACAAAGAGAGAGAGAGAGCAUCAAUUAAGUCAGUCUGCGGACUCUGGGUUUGCCCUUCAGACUCACUUUCUGAGGAAAAUGUAGAAACGGAUUUUUGUCCUCUUGCAAGGGCCCAUGUUAAUAUUAUUGUGACUCACAGACGCCUUUUCUUUAUUUCCCUUUUCACGCGGGCAGAAAGUCACUAAUUGACUCACCCAGUGUAUUUUGUACUCAAAAAAA